AUGCCUACGCAUCCUUCUUGGUCUUUCUUGAUUGAGAAUCCAUCUGGGACCCGAGUGCUUUUCGACCUUGGUAUCGCGGUCGACUGGAGACAAUAUGCUCCUGUGGUGUCUCGCCGAAUAACCACAAAUGGAUGGCAUAUCACGGCAGAUCGAAGCGUCGCGGACAUUAUUGAGGAUGCUGGUGUUCCCAGAGAGUCCAUUAACAGUAUCAUCUGGAGUCAUCACCAUUGGGAUCAUAUAGGCGAUCCAACUACUUUUCCACCCUCGACUGAGCUUGUGGUCGGACCAGGAUUUGUCGAGGAAUACUUACCGGGUUGGCCUACGAACGAAACUUCGUUCUUGAGGGACGCUGAUAUUAAAGGCCGGAAAGUAAGAGAAAUAUCCUUCGACGAAAGCUUGGUGUUCGGAAACCUGAGAGCGUACGACUUUUUUGGAGACGGCUCCUUCUACCUUCUUGAUACGCCGGGGCAUUCUGUAGGUCACUUGAGUGGCCUCGUUCGAACCACCAAGAACCCAGAUACCUUCAUCUUCAUGGGGGGCGACCUCUGUCACCAUGCUGGCGAGGUACGGCCUUCCAAGUAUAAGCCACUACCGAACGAAAUAGCGCCAGAGAUCCUACCCACAUUCCUGCGUCAAGUUUGUCCUGGGGCUGUAUUAGAAGAACUUCUGACAAGCAGAUCUCGAGAGGCCGAUCAAUCCUUUUUUGACCCCCGUCUUGGGUCAGACAUCCCGGAGGCGAUUCGCACUAUCGGAAAGGUGCAGGAAGCGGAUGCGAACGAGAAUGUGCUAUUUCUUUACGCCCAUGACACCAGCUUACUUGACGGGAUGGUUGAUUUAUUCCCACAAGCUGCAAACAACUGGAAGAAGAAUGGGUGGCGUGCGAAGCUUUAUUGGCAUUUUCUCGGUGACUUCCGUGAAGCCCUUGAACUCCUCGGUAAAGCAUAG